AUGUAUGAGAGGCAUGAGUGCGGCACUGACCCGUUGGCGUCUUUGCAGGUGAAGACAAUCUUCUUGACAUGGCUACCGUUUAUCCUCCGUAUGAGUCGACCGGGAAAGAAAAUCACGCGCAAGCACCUCUUCAUGAGUUCCAAGAUGAAGGAACUCGAGCUAAAGGAGCGGUCCUCCCGGAGCCUUCUGGCCAACGUACUGGACAUGGAUGACGACUUCCGUCAGCAGAACAGCACUUCCGGGGGGGUCGGCUACGUACACACGGUGAGCGGCGGCCGCUCGGGGGACGAGACCCCCCUCUACCAUCCGUGCCUCAGCACACAGAGGGAGCUGCAGAGCAUCCUGCGGGAGCUCCGGUUCAUCACUCGGAGGAUGAGGGAAGAGGACGAGAACCAGGAAGUCAUCUCGGACUGGAAGUUCGCGGGCAUGGUCGUCGACCGCAUCUGCCUGUUCGGCUUCACCCUCUUCACCAUCCUUUCGACGUGCGUCACAAUCUUCCAGGCGCCGCACCUAGUCGCGUGA